AUGGUACUACCCUUCCCCGCGGAAUUAUGGCUGGACAUCUUCCAUGGCCUGGCCAAGGAAGGCGAGUACGACACGCUGGAACGAUGCCGAGUGGUGUGCAAAGGGUUACAACCGAUGGCUCAGGAGUGUCUAUUGGAGAGCAUGACGUUUGAAAGUACAGAAGACGUGGAGCGCAUCAAGGUGGACACUUCGGGUGAAGAGAUGCGGCGCUGGGGUGGGCCGGCGACGGUGAUCAUCAAGGACUCGCCUGGCGAGGACCAGCCGAUUCCACAUCUGGCAACGUUCGCGUCGAGGCUUGGCGGGAGAUGGACUUCUGUUAAAACGCUGCAUAUCUGCGACGCGGUGUGGCGGGCUCGUGAUCUCGAAGCGGACACCGUGUUUCACGAUCUCGCCCGCUUCCCCUCAAUCACUCAAUUCACGCUUUUUAACGUCAAGUUCCCGACAAUAUUGACGCUUGGCCAGCUGGUGUGUGCCCUCCCCCGUCUCGAUGACAUCAUUCUUGGUGAUGUACGGUUUACUCGGCAACCUUUCGAUGCUCGGCUUCUGCCGCGCACACAGCUCAAGAGACUGUACUUGGGCGGGUCUGAGGAUGUUGUCGUGCCAACUCCCUCCUACGUUGAACUGGUUGAUGUCAUAGCCGCCAUCGGUAACCGCCAAUGCUUAGUCCCUCCUCGUGGUCCUACGCAGACGUGUCCGGUAUGGAGUGCCAUUCGAGCACUGAAUCUCAGGACUUACGGCUUUCCCUCAGUUGCGGCCUUGGCUCGCCUUCUGUGCGCUCUUCCCUCCCUCGAAACUCUCGAAUUGGAUUGGUCACGUACAUCUUUGAAACACGGCUUCGACCACAGAAGCAUCCCUGCGCACUCGAGUUUACCAUCACGAUUGGAGGCUGUCGAGUUGACAUUCGGCCCUCCUCCGUACCUCGACUUUCGGCUCAUGAAACAUGCUAUGCGAUCGUUACAUCAUCUGUCUGUCGAUGCAGAUAUGCUUCGGCUCACUCUAAAUGGCAAGGAUAUGUCGCUACAUGCAGACAAGAGUGCAGUCACCAUAUCCGUGAACAGCAUUUACCUGCAGGACAAAGAAUGGGUACUGGACGCCCUGAGUGUGUGCUUACCGAAGCUUGCCAAACGUGGAAUUCUGUACUCACUGAUGCGGCUUGUCCAGGAAGAACUAGCAUCGGGAUUAUGA